AUGCCUUGGCCUCUGUGGUCCUCUGCCCUUAGCUGUCCGCCAGUGGCCCCAGCCCCCCAGGUCUCCAUGUGGAGCGCCAGGCUGGGCCUCGGGUGUGAGACCGCUGAGGCGCUCACGUCCACACCCCCAAGGAGAGUCGGCCCCAAGGAAUGCCUGGACAAUUGGAUGGAGGUCUGUUUCUCAUUUAAUGGCUCUUUUUCUCCUCUCUUUUGUGUGUUUUCACUGCUCAGGUACAAUGGCUCUUUGCCCAAUGGAGACAGAGGGAGGAGGAAGAGUCGAUUUGCUCUCUUCAAGAGACCCAAAGCCAACGGGGUGAAGCCCAGCACAGUGCACGUAGCAUGCACCCCUCAGGCAGCCAAGGCCAUAAGCAACAAGGACCAGCACAGCAUCUCCUACACACUGUCCCGAGCUCAGACGGUGGUGGUGGAGUACACCCAUGACAGCAAUACAGACAUGUUCCAGAUUGGGCGCUCCACGGAGAGCCCCAUAGACUUCGUGGUGACGGACACAGUGCCCGGUAGCCAGAGCAAUGCUGACACGCAGUCGGUCCAGAGCACCAUCUCGCGCUUCGCCUGCCGCAUCAUGUGCCAGCGCACCCCACCCUACACCGCACGCAUCUUCGCCGCCGGCUUCGACUCCUCCAAAAACAUCUUCCUGGGGGAGAAAGCAGCCAAGUGGAAGACGUCGGACGGUCAGAUGGACGGCCUGACUACUAAUGGGGUGCUGGUGAUGCACCCGCGGAAUGGCUUCAUGGAAGACUCCAAGCCCGGCGUCUGGAGGGAGAUCUCCGUCUGCGGGAACGUUUUCACCCUCCGAGAAACCCGUUCGGCUCAGCAGCGCGGCAAGAUGGUGGAUAAUGAGACCCAGGAGCUGGUGGAUGGCUCGCUGAUUGACCUCUGCGGCGCCACGUUGCUAUGGCGCACGGCCGAGGGCCUGUCGCGCACGCCCACCGUCAAGCACCUGGAGGCGCUGCGGCAGGAGCUGAACGCGGCGCGGCCGCAGUGCCCCGUGGGCUUCAACACGCUGGCCUUCCCCAGCAUGCGCCGCAAGGACGUGGUGGACGAGAAGCAGCCCUGGGUCUACCUGCACUGCGGCCACGUGCAUGGCUACCACAACUGGGGCAACCAUGAUGAGAGAGGCAGAGGUGGGGGUAUGGGCGGCAUGGGGGGCAUGGGGGAUAUGGGAGGAGGUGGCAUGGGUGGUGGAGGAGGAGGAGGAGGGGGUGUUGGUGGCGGCGGAGGAGGAGGAGGAGGAGGAGGGGGUCUGGAAGGGCGGGAGCGUGAGUGCCCCAUGUGCCGUGCGCGGGGCCCCUACGUGCCGCUGUGGCUGGGCUGCGAGCCGGGCUUCUACCUGGACGCGGCGCCGCCCACGCACGCCUUCGCGCCUUGCGGCCACGUGUGCUCGGAGAAGACGGUGGCCUUCUGGAGCCAGAUCCCGCUGCCCCACGGCACGCACACCUUCCACGCCGCCUGCCCCUUCUGCGCCCAGCAGCUGUGCGGCGAGCAGGGCUACAUCAGACUCAUAUUCCAGGGCCCAGUGGAUUAGUGCCCCGUCGCUCCAACUUCCAUUUAAUCUCUCUCUCUCUCUCACUAUGCAUUUUUCUCCCUUCUCUUGCUCUGUUUCUCAUCUGAUCUUCCCUCCCUCUUUCAAGGGAUCCCUGGUUAAACUAUGCUUAUAAUUACGUGUACAGUAUAAGCUAGUGACCUUUUUUUAUUUUGUAUUUUAAAAAACUACUACUGCUCGUCCAUCGUUGCGACGCGGCAGGCGUUUUUUGGUCGGUGGGUGAGAUUAAGCAAGACUCAGUCCGACUUUGGUCGGACUCUCUCUCUCUCCUUUUGAAAAAUAAUUUGCUUUCUCGUUUUUAAGUGACCUUUCUAGUGCUUUUUCUUAUCCAGAAUGAAAAACAAAGAGUAUAUUUUCAACUAAAUACACACAGAAAAUGACAAAAAAAUAACCUUAUAAAAAAACAUGAUGUCCCGUCCAGCAACCGAUGCCUUGCUGGAUUGAUUUGUAAACAGUGUUCAUUUACUAACAGGCCGCAAGGGGCUGUUUUGAUCUUAAGUGAUUGGAUAUCUGUAUCGUCUAUGACUCUUGUGUGUUCGGCAGACCCUCUCUCUCUCACACACACACACACAGAACACUCUACUUGUAGCUCCUUUUGUAGAAAGCUGAUGUUUUUUCCUCAUUUACUGAAUAUGCCUAAAAAUGAAAUACUUGGUAACGUUUUUAUUUAAAAUAGCUGUAUAAAUGUUUAUCAGAUAUAAUCAGUUAUUAGCGUGUCUUGGGGAGUUUUAGUUCCAUGUUCCUCUUUUAUGGUUUCAUUUCUCCUUAAUGUUUUUUUUUUUUGUUUGUUUUCUUUAUUUUGGCCUUUGUUGAAUUCCUGUUUUGGGUCUUAUCAGAGUAUAUAUUUUCAACAUUCUCUUGUAGCUGAUGAAUACUUAUCAAAAUUUAUUUGUUUGUUUUUCUCUGUCGAGUUCAGUAGUGUGUGUCUCUCUCUCUGGCAUUUGUAACACGUGUGUGUUUGCGUGUACUAAAAUACUGUAUCUGAUGCAUUACCAUGGCAUUUCUUUCCCAUACUAAAGCAAGCAAUAGAAUCAGGGUUUCACACGGACGUCAGACUGUGGGGGGAUUUGUAGCCCACAGUUAGUCCCUCAAAAGCCCCAGAAGCCUUCUGUUCAGUCUGCUUUCCCUUUAAGCACAGACCGAAACAUUCAGCCCUGUCUUUACUCAUUGUGUCCCAAAUGGGUGUUUGUGUGUGUGUGUGUGUGUGUGUGUGUGUGUGUAUGUAUUUAUGUGUGUGUGUGCGUGUGUGUGUGCGCGUGCGCGCGUGUGUGUGUAUCUGUCUGUGUGUGUAUGUGUUAUGUGGCCUUAAAUUCUGGCCACUCUCAGGCCCUGACUUCCAGGUUUCUCACCCCAACACCGUUACACUCCUGCUGGGGUGACCAGUGAGGAAUUGUGACCUCUCUCUCUCUCUCUCUCUCGCCAGAAUUCCACCUCUCCCUUAAAGAGAUUCUCAGCUCUUCACCAUUGUAAAAGCAGGAACUUUGUUUUCCACUCUGCUGUGGUUAUUACUUAGAUGGCUACAACUCAAAGCAUGAUAAAUGCUUUCACAAUAGACCUGCAAGUGAAUGGCCCUUUCCCCCUGGUCAUAUGCUCAAGAUUGCAUAGAGAAAUGGUUGGGUCAACUGUCCUGAUCACAAGACCUGACGUGUUGCCUGAACUGAUGACUUGUUCCUAGUGUCUGUUGGCGAUGCUUGCAAAACAUGUCAUUUGGAGGAAAUUAAAUGGGCCUUAAUGCUAAUCUGCAUUAAAACUCAAAGACCCUUUUUAAAAGAUGAAACCUAAAUAUUUGCUCCUGAAUGUAGUCUGAGUGAUUGAGCUUGUGCGCACGAGUGUGUUUGUGGACUUACACCCUGUACACAUGGAUAUGUAGUGAGUCUUAUGACUCUCUGUGUGUUUUUCGCACAUAGUGUGUGUGCACGUGAUGUCUAUUCAUGUGUGAAGUAGACAAAUGGGUGUUCUUUGCACAAAUACACUCUGUGCUGAAAGUAUGUGUGUGAAGUGAUCAACACGCCGAACUUUAAUGUAGACAACGUAUUGCGUGUCUGUGUGGAACGCCUGUACACACACACACCAUACAAGUGUUUGUAUGUGUGUAUAUGCCUGCCACCUUUCUGUGGACCAACGUGUGUGCGUGUGCGUGUUGACUAUAUGGGGUUGGUCCCAGAAGGAGGGUUUGGCCGCUGUACUGAAUGUGAGGCAGAAACUCCAGCGCAGCAUCCCCCCCAGCUCAGGGAGGAGCCCCCACCAGCCUGUGCUAAACCCCCCCAAACCCCAACCCCACCCCACCCCCCACCCACCCACACACACACACACACAGAGCUGUCUUUGUCAAGGCCAUCUGAGGAGGUGGCGCAACUCAAAUUAAAGUAAAUGCCACACCCCCCACCACAUCACCAUGUUCAUGUUGUGUCUCACUGUGCUCUCUGUUCUUUGAUCCAGUAUUAAACGUGUUCAAGCUGACCUGUUCAAAGCACCGCGUGUUUCUCUUGGAAGAAACCUGUGCGCCAAGGGCUUUAUUUUCUAUGUCCUCCUGACUGUUGUGUUUGUCCCUCUGUCUUCUAAAGGCUGGCCUGAAUGCAUGAACCUCACCCCUCCGCCCCCUUUUACAGCAGCACAGUGUUUUUCUGUACCCCCCCCCCCCACCCCACCCAUGUCCUCUCCCCCACCUCCCGAAGCCUGCCUGACCUUCGCUCUGGAAUUUUCCAAUGCUUCACAGCAAAAAAAAAGCUGAGAAUGUUUUUGAUUUUACCUGUUCUUUUUGUACCAACUUUAAACAAUAAAGUUUUUAAAAGGA